AUGUCAGGCAAGCGUCUGCUGGACGCGAUCCAAUUCCUCAAUGUCGCCCAGUCGGUUGCGACCAAACACCUUGCGGUGCGGCAGCGUCAACUAGAUCUCUUUACGCGGACCUCGUCUCUCACCAAGGGAAUCCAGAGCCAGACCGAAGGUCUGAUCCUUACAGCUCAGGCAGCUGCUGCAUUGGCAAGACGAUUCAACGAACCAGUUCCUCCCAGUUCUGUCGCAUCUACCCCAACGAACGCACAAAGCCGUCCGAGCGAUCAAACCUCUCAACGACAAGAGUUUCAAGUUCCUUCGUCUGCGGCAGGACAUGAUGGAAAAGAAGGAUUGAGCAAGUUGAAUGUCAGCCAACAACAGGAUGUCUUCUACAAGUCUUCCCAGGAGUUGGCUAGAGAAUCUUCCACUCUUCCCAAGGUGAAGGUGCCAAAGACCACGGGUGUGACACAAGCUGGCGGCGAUAAAAAUAUCAAUGCCGAUGUUUUCCACUCUCCUGUUGAUGCUAAGAAGCCCGAGUCAGAAGAGGUUUCGGAAGAAAUGAUGCAGCAGAUUUUUCACAGCCCGAGGGUCGCAAGGGCUAUUUCCAAAGGACCAGGCCCAGAGCUGAAGACACCACCACGGUCUAUUGGACAAGAUGCAGCAUCAAUUUCCGGCGCGGAAGCUAGCAAGGAGCCUGUUAAGGAAGCUAUGGAAAAACUUGGAACGAGUGUCGCAGAAGAUGUUGGGAAACGAGAGACCUACAAGAUGGUCGAGUCUCGCGUUCCGUCCUCUCGCCUGGGAAGAAUAUGGCAAUAUAGCGGAUUGGCUACUUCCAUGGCGUUUGGUGCCGUCGGAGAGGGCCUGCGUAGGGUUACUGGGGGUCCAGACACUGGAUCAAUCAUGUUCAGCCCGGGAAAUACGGAACGCCUUGUUGCUAAACUUUCCAAGAUGCGAGGAGCUGCUCUCAAAUUAGGGCAGAUGCUCAGUAUUCAAGAUUCGAAGAUGCUCCCAGAGCCGAUCCACCAAGUCCUUCAACGAGUUCAAGACCGGGCAGACUAUAUGCCAGCCUCCCAGCGCGACAAGGUUCUAGCUGAUAACCUGGGUCCCGACUGGCGAGAUCUAUUUUCCAGCUUCGACGAAGUGCCAAUGGCCGCGGCAUCGAUAGGUCAAGUUCACGGAGCUGUCCUGAAAAAGACAGGCCAGCCAGUCGCCGUCAAAGUACAAUACCCCGGAGUGGCCGAUUCGAUCGACUCCGACCUAAACAACCUGUCCAUCCUACUCACAGCAUCUCGUUUGCUGCCCCGAGGACUGUACCUGGACAAAACUAUUGCAAACGCCCGAGUAGAACUCGGCUGGGAAUGCGACUAUCUUCGCGAAGCCGAGUGCGGCAACCGCUUUAGACAGCUCCUGAAAGAUGACCCAGUCUUCCUAGUCCCAGAGAUCAUCCCCGAGGCUUCGGGCAAACAGGUCCUCACCAUGGAACGGCUGAAUGGCGUCGCCGUCACCAAGAUCCAGAACUUCACUCAGGAACAACGCGACUGGAUCGGCACCCAGAUCAUGCGUCUUUGUCUACGUGAGAUUGCCGAGUUCAAAUACAUGCAGACAGACCCCAACUGGACCAACUUCCUGUACAAUGCUCAAACCGACCGUCUGGAACUCCUCGACUUUGGCGCUUCGCGUGAAUACCCCAUCGAGUUCAUCACCAAAUACGUCCACACUCUCCAGGCAGCAUCUCGAAACGAUCGCGAGAGCUGCCACAAGCUCUCCAUCGAGCUGGGCUACCUCACCGGCCACGAGUCCCAGGCCAUGGUGAACGCCCACGUCUCCUCCAUCUGCACCAUCGCUGAACCUUUCAUGGCAUCCUCCCCGGACGUCUACGAUUUCAAUGACCAGACCAUUACCGACCGUGUCCGGGAUCUAAUCCCCAUUAUGAUCCGGGAGCGACUCUCACCUCCGCCCGAGGAGACGUACAGUCUCCAUCGGAAGCUGAGCGGGGCGUUCCUACUCUGCGCACGACUGGGAAGUCGGGUGCCGUGCAAGCAACUGUUCAUCGAUGCCAUUAACGGGGCCGAGGCGUCUGGGCUUGAGGUUGCUCCUCGGAAUUAA